GUGGAACUUUUUUUUUCCAUGCGGGUUACUGUGGCACCAGGGUACUGUUACACGGACAGAGACACGGGUUCAGUUCUGUUGUUUACUGAGGCUGGACGGACACGGGACUGUUCAUGGGGAGUACGGCCCGUCCUGAUGCCAGUAUCGUAGCACCAUGACCCUGAACACUCAGAGAGAGAAGGAGCCCCUGCGGCGGCGAGACAGCACACCGAUUCCUCCCACCCACUUCUACCAGCACCCGUCCUGGACUCGGGACCUCCAGGACCCUCGGCUCCCCAGCAGCACCCAGCGCAGCCACCCUUCCCUGGGACAGUCAGCGUCCUACCACCCUGGAGAUAACUCCCUUCACUACCGCGCCCAGUGGAGCUCGGACUCGGACGACGACUCGCAGAGCGACUCGGACUGUGUUUACAGAGUGGUGUUGCUGGGCGACCACAGCGUCGGAAAGACCAGCCUCGCAGGAAUCUUUGCUGGGAUCACAGAGAAAGAUGAACAACCUGGAGAGGACACGUACGAGCGCACACUGACAGUGGAUGGAGAGGAAACCACACUCAUCGUCAUGGAUACCUGGGAGAACGACAAACUGGAGGGCGCGGACGACUUCUCUCAGGACAUCUGUCUGAAGGUCGGGAGUGCUUACGUCAUCGUUUACUCCGUCACCGACCGCUCCAGCUUCGACGCUGCCGCUGAGCUCCGUAUCACGCUGCGACGCAUCCGCCAGGCCGAAAACAUUCCCAUCAUCCUCGUGGGCAACAAGAGCGACCUGGUCCGCUCCAGAGAAGUCGCUGUGGAAGAGGGCCGAGCGUGUGCCGUGGUAUUUGACUGCAAGUUCAUCGAGACAUCGGCGUCUCUGCAGCACAACGUGACCGAGCUGUUCGAGGGCGUGAUCCGACAGAUCCGCCUCCGUCGGGACGGCGGUGAGGCCCUCCAGCGCCGAACCUCCAUCUACAAGCGCAAAGAGAGCGUCACCCAGAAGGCUCGCCGCUUCCUGGAUCGACUGGUGGCUCGCAACAACCAGCGCAUGGCGGUCAAAGUGCGCUCCAAGAGCUGCCACGACCUGGCUGUUCUCUGAAGACACGUGUCCACCAGGAGCACCAGGCUGGAGCGCCUUAGACUCGUUGAAGUUCUCUCUGGUUGGGAUAUUGGUGGGCGAUGGUGGGGAUUCUCAAGUUCAGCGAGUUGACAGCAAAAAUUAUCAGCAGCGAACGCAGUCAGCGGACGGUUACGUACGUCGCCGUGAACUCACUUUCCUGUUCGACCAUUUGAUCAUAAACUUUUUGUGACUUUCCAGAUGAUCCAAAAAACAGACUUUAAUGGAUCAUCCUUGUUAAAGGAUGGAUGACUGUGUGUGUGUGUGUGGUGUGUGUGUGUAUGUGUGUGUGUGCGUGUGUGUGUGUGUGUGUGUG